UUUGGGAUAAACGCUUUCAAUAGCACAGUCACAUUGCUUAAAAAGUUUCUCGAAAGCACAACGUAAAUCUAAACUUCUAUCAGCAAAAUGACUGGACGCGGUAAGGGAGGUAAAGGAUUGGGCAAAGGAGGUGCCAAACGCCAUCGUAAGGUGUUGCGAGAUAACAUCCAAGGUAUUACUAAGCCGGCUAUCAGGCGUCUGGCCCGUCGUGGUGGAGUCAAGCGUAUUUCUGGAUUGAUCUACGAGGAGACACGCGGUGUACUCAAGGUGUUCUUGGAAAACGUCAUUCGUGAUGCUGUCACUUACACCGAGCACGCCAAGCGCAAGACCGUAACAGCCAUGGACGUGGUCUACGCCUUGAAGCGCCAGGGACGCACUCUGUACGGUUUCGGCGGUUAAAUGCAGCAGUAUCAAUAGCAGGAGCCGA